ACUCAAUCUGCGUAGCCUGCAUAGGAAAACCUGAGAUUCUCUUCACGCAGCUAUCCUCCGCGUAGGAAGACCGGGCAAGAGUAUUCUGCUGUCGGGCGUGAUGGCGGUGCCAGACAACUGGCCUGUAGAUGAGCAAUCUGUGCCCCAGGUCGCUCCUACCUAUAGCGUCCCGUCGUCGAUGAUCGUAAGUAUCGAACAUCCAUGUAUCGUCAGGAAUUUCCAUAAUGGUAUCAAAUCCCUUGGUGGCGAGGCACAGAUCAAACAUGUACUCGAACAUAGAGUAGGAGACAGCACGAUCAAGGUACCAGAAAGGCAGGCGAAGCUCCCCGAACCCGUUAUUGGUUGCUCACUUAGACCACAUGAUCCAUUGGCGAAGAAAUUGGCUUCCACAGCCAUUGAGACACGGAAUGUACUCGUCAGGGUUACCGUGCCCAAAUGGACUGGCCGCAAGCGAAAGAGAGGCUCAGACGAGCCUUUCACCGAACAUGACGCCGCUGCAACGCACAGUGUCAGUCUCAAAGCCCCGGAGUUGCUUCGACGCAUGCGAGACAACGAGGGAAAGUACAGCAUUGAGCCUGUCGGUGUGAUUACAGAAACGCACAAGUUUCGAGCUCAGGCGGACUUUCAAAUGUAUAUGGGCGACCUUCCUAUCAUGCAGAACUUCAAACACCAUGUCAUAUCCUCAAGAUACGAAGACCUAGCCAAGUUUAGGAUGAACAUCGAGCCGGGGGUAACGAAGAAUGUGUCGAUCUCACUCCCGCCAAGCUUUAUAGCCAACGAUCAGCCAUAUCGCUACGAGUAUCAGCAAGCACCUGGCGUUGUCUACUCCUUCGACGAGCACGGUCAACCCACGAGUUCGAAUGCCCACCCUCCUCCAAGGCGGAUAAUGACCUCUCUCGCACCGGAUGCUCAGGAUGUGCCGCUCGGCCCUCCACCAGAUCUCAAGGUCACCAGCAAAAGCCCUGUCCACCUCAACCAAGCGGUCGGAGAUAUUGCAAAGUACCUUGAGACACGCCCAAUGGUGACCAAGCGUGUCCUCGGCAACGUCUUCCCUCAGUACCCGGAAGGCACGAUCAAGGAGGCCACGCAAUGGCUCGGCUACAGCUUCUCCGCUGGACCCUUCCGUGACACGCUCAUCAAGUACGGCCUUGAUCCUCGGACUGAUCCGAAGUAUCGCUUCUACCAGAUAUGUGUCUUUGCUCUGGGCGGCAACCUUCCGCCGCCGAGCAGCCAACCCAGUCGGACUAAGUCGAAAGCCUUUCGCCAUGCAAUCAACACCAACAUCAACAAGAACUCUCUGCCUCAUAUCUUCGACGGCAAGACGCCGGCCACAGACGGCGGUAAAAUGUGGCAGGUCUGCGAUGUAACCGAACCGUUACUGCAUCGCCUCCUUCAAACAGACGACGUCCGGACAGAGUGCGAUGCGCACAUCAAUGGAUGGUACAAAGGUGGCACGAUGGCCAAGGUCCGCAUCAUCAUGCGUGACAUGAUACUCUGCACUCAUAAUGGCGAAGAACAAUCGGAGGAGCUGUACCAGAUGCUCGCGGAGUUGCCGGACGAGCUGACGGCGGAGAACGAGGAAGAGGCUCGUACCACCACGGUCAAUGGUGGGGAGCUGAACGAGAAAGCGCUGGAUAUGGUAAGGGAGUACCGCAACCUUGCGAAAUGGAGUGAGGCUGCGACGAACAGGAGGUUGAAGGCUGCGGCUAGACCUGGAGAAGGUGGAAGGGGCAGGAUGUCCGAGCAGGUAGUGACGCCAAGGACCGAUGGGGUCGAUGGUGGUGACAUCGGACUUGGCAGAUAUGAUGAGUUGGACGGAACGGGAGGGUUUGAGGCGAACAUGGACGACAUACAGGACUUAGACAUUGGAGCUACGCCUUUGGCUGAAGUAAGUGGUGAGAAAUGAAGCGAGUUCAUGACACCUUUCCGGGACGAACAGCUGUAAACGAUGGCUCAAGAUGUAUCGCAACACUUUUUGAAACGCUUCUGAAGGGCGAUUUCAAAACUGACACGAUCCGUUGCUGUGACAGCGAGGGGCAAUUGUCAAAUCAAUAGUCGUUGCCGCCC